GAAAUGGAUUAGAUCAACUUCCGGUUUUGAAAAGGUUAUGUCUUAUGAUAAACAGAUGUUUUUAAAGACAAUUUUCUUUGUUAGUUUACCGACAGGAAAUUUCUUAUAGAAGUGGAUUAUCGGCAGAAGGUGUACAGAAAGUAUUUCUUUGGUCGACGAAACCGAAGAUACAUUCUUUUGAGGAGAACGAAGGUUUUCGAAUUGUGCAUGUUAAGACGUUGAAGAAAUGGCAAGAAAUAACACGUAAGACUGGUCUAGUGAACCAAAAUUUACAAUAGUGUGCUUACAUUUAUUAUAGAUACAUUAAUAUUUUUGAAUGUGAGAAUGUCGACUACAGUUGACCGAGGCACAGCGAUGGACCAUAGUCAUCUUUUAGAGAAGGAAACGGAAGCGAGGUUGAAAUUUGAGAAAGCUUGUCAACAGAUCGCACUGUUGGAUCAGAAAAUCAAAGACUUAGAGGUCAGAUACAAACGGGCUGUAAAAAAUAAGAAAAACUCUUUCCGCUACAACCUGAGAUUGAGACUAUCUGUAGUUACAGGAGUUAAAAUGAUGUAUCAUCACCAUGCCAGCACAAAGGCAGAAGAAUUAACAAGAAUCAGAAGACAAAUUAAUAACUCUAUACAGAACUCUGAAGCAGGUCGAGACAGAGAAUCAAGAGAAAAUCUGGACUUUGUUCCUGUACGCUUGAGAAUGUCUCGAGAUAGAGAGUCUCGAUCGAGCCACAGCAGUCACAGUAGUCACAGUCACGCCAGCACAUCUGUAGAAGAAGAAGCGUUUGCUCAUCACAGCGGCGGAUGUUAGUGUACAGUAGUGCUUCAUUUUUUAAAACACAAAUACUUGUAAUACUCUUUGAUGGAAUUCAUUCUAUAUGAAAAUUUUCAAGAAAAUUUAUUUUUAAAAUUAUUUGAAUGAUUAGUGACAUAAUUAUUACCUGUAGUAUUUUACAUGUAUGUAAUUUACAUGUAUGUGCUUGGUAUUUUAAGCUGAUAAUCAACGUGGAUAAUGUUAAAUAUAUAUUUUGUUUAUUAUCCAUAAUUGUUGAAAUGAUUUUGACACCAUUGUCAAUGUUAUUGAUUUUGUUUAAAUGAAUUAAAAUUUAAAAUAUAUAUGCACGAUGUAAUUCAUUUGUUGUGUUAUAUAAUGCUGUUAAGUGUAUUGUAUCUUUUUUUUUGUCUCACAUUCUUAAAUUUUAUCUACUGGAGCUAAGAUUAUUAAAGAUUGCCAUGUUAGAUUUAAUUUUAAACAAUGAUUUUUGUUUAUGUAUAAUAAUAGGACAGUAAUGGAUGAUUUUAUAAUGGAUACAAAGAAAUAAAAUUUCUUAAUGCAAUGAAAAUUUUCAAAGUAAAUAUACAAGCUUAUGAUUCUGAGUGGUUAUUCAGAUGGUUUCUUUUAAAAGUAUAUGUACCGGUACUAGAAAUCAAGUUAUCAUCCAUAAUAUCCUGUUGCAUUUUUAAUUUUUUUUUGGUUACAUUUUAUGGAUUGAUUUUAUGCAUUAUUUAAUGUUUAUCCAUUCACAUAUUGUUUUGCAUGUUAUAAGUUUAGGAAUGCACAUAACACAAAUGGAUACUUUUGAAUUUUGUAAUUCCUUGUUCAUACAUGUUUAUCAUUUUUGAUCUUCAUGAUGUAUUUAAAUAUACAUACUUUCAUAUUAAUUGAUGAUUUACAUGAAAUUUUUAACUCCUCUUUUUAUUUUUU